GCUGGGCGAUAUAUCGAUAUAAAAAAAUAUAUCGAUAUAUUUUUAGACGCGAUAUGGAAUUAGAGCAUAUCGCAUAUAUCGAUAUAGUUCAAAUUUGCGCUGCUCCCCGCGCCACCGCCCCUCCUCUUCGAUGGGGGGAGGGGGGAUGGGCAGGCACAGAGCCACUCUUCGACAAACAUGGAGGAAGCAGGUACGUCUGCGGAGCGCGCGGAGGAAUUGGUUAGUAAAAGAAAAAGCAGUGGCUCAGUAAUUUGGAGAUGGUUCGGAUUUAAAGUAUCAGAUGAGCAACAACAUCACGUUAUUUGUAGGGAGUGCAAUAAACAAGUUACAGCCAGGGGUGGAAGCACUACAAAUCUUUUUCACCACCUAAAACAGUGGCACAAACUGCAGUACGAAGAGUCUUUGAAACUGCGCGCUGCAGAAGCCACAGCCGCAAGCCAUCGACAACCCGAAAAAGCUCCAGCCCCAACACAAAGCUCACUGCAAACUUCAUUUUCCCGCAACGUGCCUUAUGAAAAGAAAAGUGUCAAGUGGUGUACUAUAACUAAAGCGGUGUCCUAUCACAUUGCUAAAGAUAUGGUCCCCAUUGCAACUGUGGAACAAGUCGGAUUCCAAAACCUACUGAAAACUAUGGACCCGAGAUAUGAGCUUCCCAGUCGCAACUACUUUGCACGAGAAGCACUGCCACAAAUGUACACUGAACUCAGACAGCGCCUUGCUGACCGGCUCGCUAACGUGACCCAUUUUGCGUUGACCAGCGAUAUGUGGUCGAGCAGGACGUGUGAGCCUUACAUGAGCGUGACAGUUCACUUCAUUCAAGACUGGGAGAUGAAAACAGCGUGUCUGCAAACAAGUUAUUUCCCCCAGGAUCACACCGGUGAGCACAUAGCUGAGGCCCUGCAGGACGCAAUUGCAAGCUGGAAACUCCAAGAAAAGUAUCUGGUUGCUAUAACAACCGACAACGGGAGCAACAUCGUCAAAGCGGUUGAGCUGAACGAGUGGAUGAGGAUGCAGUGCUUCGGUCACAGACUGCACUUGGCUAUUGGACAUGGCAUGAAUGACAAGCGUGUCACCCGGGCCAUUUCUUUGUGCAAAAGAAUUGUAAGCAGUUUUUCGUACAGCUGGAAGAAAAGGAGACAUCUUGCUGAAGUCCAGAUUCAGCUGGGUCUGCCAAGUCACCAACUCAUAACCGAGUCUGCCACACGCUGGGGAUCCAGGCAGCAGAUGAUAGAGAGAGUCCUGGAGCAGGAAGGAGCACUGGCCAAAGUCCUGUCUAAUGACAAAAACACCAGGCACCUUGUCCCUACCUGGCAGGACUUAGAGGUCCUAGAAGCAGUCCAAAAGGUCUUGAAACCUCUCCAGGACUUUACUGAUGCUUUAUCAGGUGAGGAGUACGUCACUCUAUCAUAUGUGAAACCUGUGCUGCACCUUUUUAACGAAAGUCUCCUGGCAUGUGAAGAGGGUGAUAGCGAGCUUUGUAAAUCGAUCAAGACCAGCAUUGUUGAGUACCUCAACAGCAAAUAUUCUGACCCAGCCACUGCUGACCUUUUGGAGAUGGCUUCAUUUGUGGAUCCUCGGUUCAGGGCCACCUACAUCCCAAGUGAAAAAGUGGAAGCAUUGAAGCACAGAGCUGUCUUGGAGGUGGAGACGCUACUGGCUGAUCAGAGCAGCUGUCAACCGCCUUGCCUAUGUGUGCCCACUGUGCCUGAGCCUGCAGAUGGAGAAGCAGCAGUAGCACCAAAAGCUAAAAGACUGGCAAGCUUCUUCAAGAAGCGCACAGCCACCACCACUGCACCAACCAAGAGGGGGGCUAUUGAAAAUGAACUGUCAAGUUACUUGCAGUCCGCAAGUGUGGAGAGUGACACUGAUCCUCUCAAGUGGUGGAAGGAUCAUGAAGUUUUCUUUCCAUCUCUGAGCCACCUGGCAAAAAAGUAUCUCUUGGUACCAGCUACCAGUUCACCCUCCGAAAGGGUUUUCAGCUGUAGUGGCAAUAUCGUGACCUGCCACAGAGCAUCUCUGAAGCCGGAUGCUGUUGACAGGCUGGUGUUUCUCGCACAAAAUCUUUAAACGAAGGAGGAUACGCUUGUCUAUCUUCUAAUGUCUACCUCAAGACAGAAUUACUGUUUAUCAAAGUAAAAAAAGAGGGGGAAAAUGUUUAUUUAGUUGAUAAUCUGUUUCUUGUGGAACUGGCUGAGACUGUUCAGAUAAGAAAUUGAGUUAACAAAAAGGAAAAGGUAAUCUCAAGCUGAUGUUUUUUUUUUUUUUUUUCUUAAACUGAGCACUUUAUUUUGUUCUUUCUUUAUAUGUAAAUGCUGCCCUUAAGUUACUAGGGUUUGUCAUAUUCUUUUGUAAUAUUCAUUAUUUGCAUCUGUGGAUUUGUUAGAAAGGAGAAUAAAAUCUGUUAUUGGAUUUUAAUAAGCCAUUAAUAGUUGUAAAACUAAACAUUUUUGAUAUUUGUACUUUUCUCAUAUAAAUAUAUUUAUUUCGGAAAAAGAUUGGCCUAUUUUAUUUUAAAAUGUUUUAAGAUUUUUUUUUUUUAUUCAAAUGUGCACCUUAUGGAGCUUUGAUUUCAAAAAAGGUACUCCUGUCCUAUUGUUAUACAGUAUUUUGUUGUACAGUUUUUUUUACAUUUUAUUGUUAUUUGAACAGCUGAGCAUUUAAUUAUGAACCAGGUGAAGAAACCCGUUUACUAUUUAUUCAUUUGAUUUUGCAACUGUUCACUGAAAUGGCCGGUUUCAAUAAAACUACUUGUGACGUCAUAUUUGGCUUUGACUUUGACUGAACAUUUGCUCUCACUUUGCGGAAAAAAUAUCGGGAUAUAUAUCGUAUAUCGAUAUUCAGUCUAAAUAUAUCGGGAUAUGAUUUUUUGUCCAUAUCGCCCAGCCCUA